UAACGCUAGGCGCACGUGCUGGAGGCUGCCGGAUGUUUAGAUUCAAAGUGAGGAGCGGCGGAGGUGAGAGCGAGCGGCCGGGGACAGGACUCAGCGGCGGCCGGAGAGGGAACGUGUCUGACAGGCGCCCUGACUAGUGGUGUCUUGUGCCUCCAUAGGGAGCUAGACGCAUCUCCCAGAAGCCGCACGUGACGUUCUGCGUUUUACUAUUUUAAUGCGAUACGCCUCCCGGUGCGCCUCUCCUGCUCGCUGUUAGACCGGGCAGACGUCUGAGGUUUUUCCAAAUUUGGAAAGCAUUUUACGUCAUCAUGAGAAGCCCUCAACACUCUACUCAACGCAGAAAGUCAAAGCCGCCACAAAGGAGGCCUCCAUCUCCCCCUCAGUCCCCCUCAACUACGAGCAGGCAGGCGGAAGACAGUCGCAGGGAGAGACCGCAACAAAGAAAACGCUACCGCCCCGGAACCCGGGCGCUCAUGGAAAUACGAAAGUACCAAAAGUCAACCGAUCUGCUAAUCCGGAAAGCACCAUUUGCGAGGCUGGUGAGAGAAGUGUGCAUCGACUUUUCCCGUGGCGUGCCGUACUCCUGGCAAGUCGCAGCUCUCAUGGCGCUGCAGGAGGCUGCCGAGGCCUUCAUCGUUCGGCUGUUUGAAGAUUCCUACCUCUGCAGUCUCCAUGCCAGGAGGGUGACUCUUUAUGUGAAGGACAUCCAGCUCGCCCGGAGGAUCCGAGGACUCCAGCACGGACUGGGGUAGACCAACAAGUUCGGCUUCAUCAUUCAGCAUUUUAAAAAGAAAAUGUAAAUAGUUUUAUAUUGUUGGGAAGUAUAAGAAUUCGGUAAAUCCUUUCACUAUCACCCACCAGUUCCUGCCUAAAUUUAGUUCCCCCUCCUGACAUUAGGAGCUGUAACGAUUUUCCAAGACCUUUUGUAAUUGGGGAUGUGCUGCUGCCGAUGAGCAGUAGACCCGAACUGGGGAAGGAAUGAUUCCCAUGUUCAUUCUCAACCGACACAAACAUCAGGUUGUGUAAUAGGCCCCUAAGGGAUCGGGAAGCCAUACAAAAUGACCACAUGGUGGCGCUGUGCUGCUGGACACAGCCAGUAACCACAUCUAUGAAUGGAGAGGGGAACUUGGGGCGAGUUUUCUUUUUAUUGUUCCUGUUUUUAAUAUUUUUAAUAAUGUUAAUGUUUUGUUUGCAUUUUAUGACCAGACUUGUAUUUUCUACUGUUUAAAUAAAACAUGUAAACAUG